AUGAGAUCUCCAGCAUCUUUAGCAAUUUCUCUCUCCCUUCUCGUGGGACUUGCUACCGCCCAACUUCCUCCCGCAGAAGUCUUUAGAACCGACUUUAACUCGUCUUUUAAAUUUACCCCAGCCCAGAUCAAGGCUGCCCAACUCAGUGACGCCCUCGCCGAGAGCGCUCAGAACGUCCUCAAUUUUGAGAGAUCCCAACUGGCCUUUGGUGGACCUCUAGAGGAUGACUUCUACACCCUACCUCCUCUCAAAAACGAGACUGGACCUCUCGAGCCUGGUCAGAUUCUCAAGAUCCAGGCCUUCACUGACCCAACUGCCUAUUCAAUCCCCUCCAACACUGCACUCUCGCGCAUCAUCUACACCACGACCAACUUUAACGGGACAGUCAUCCCUGCUUCAGGCUUCAUCCUCUGGCCUUAUACGCCCCGCAAGUUCGGCAAGAGCAAGAAAGCAUCUGUCGUGAUCUGGGCCCAUGGCACGUCUGGCUUCUUCGCCUCUCAGGCACCAUCCGCUGACCGCGGCCUCUGGUACUCCAAUUCGGCACCUUUCACUCUGGCUCAAGCUGGAUACGCCGUCUUUGCUCCCGAUUUCGCAGGCCUGGGUAUCUCCAAGUCAUGGGACGGCAGCGAUAUCCCCCAUCAGUACCACGCUUCUCCCACCACAGCUCGCGAUUCCCUCUACGGCCUACGUGCCGCAAUAGAAGCUUUCCCCGAGAAGCUAAGUCAUGACUUUAUCGUCAUGGGCCACAGUCAAGGCGGUGGAGUCGCCUGGGCUGUCGCUGAGGCUCUUGCCAACGAAAAGGACAAGUUUGCAGACCUCUCUCCCGGCUUUAAGGGAGCCGUUGCCGGAAGUCCUACCACUGGUGUCUUUGGCGGCCCUUCUCCUUUCAUGCUCCCCUCUGUUGGUCAAAUGCUCAGCUCCAUCUUCCCUGACUUCAAACUUGAGGAUUGGUUGACUCCCCUGGGCGUCGCUCGGAUUGAACUGGCUAGAGAAGUUCAAGGUGGCGUCGCAUUCUUUCAGCAACUCUUCCUCACAACCCAGACUGUUUUCAGGUCCGACUAUGAUCAGUCCUGGUACGUCGAUGCCUUUUCGAAGCUUGGCGACGCUGGGCGCAAGGACUUUAAGGGUCCUAUACUUGUCCUCCAAGGAGUUGAAGACACCUAUGUCUUGUACAACAUCACGGCAAAGACGGUUGAAGAUACCUGGAAGCUGUAUCCCGACCACGACCUCGAAUUUCUUGUUGCCUCGGGAGUGAGCCAUGUUCCCGACCUCGAUGCAACUCGACACCUCUGGCUGAAAUGGAUCGAAGAGCGAUUUGAGGGGAAGCCUCUUGCGAAGAAGGGCGGUGUUAGGACAGAUCUGGAGAGUUUCCUGCCGAUUGAACAGUAUCAGAGCACCGUCAAGUCGUUCCCUCAGUGGGCCGGGUUGCCCCAGUACAGCUACCAGGUUCCCCUCGCAGUUUAG